AUGUCUCUAUGCGACCUAUGCAGGAAUAUCCCUUGGGAAAAUCUUCCUGAGGUCCCAGAACAUCUUCCUAUGAACUCGACCGGACACAAAUACAUCCAGCCUGUUAUGCACUGGCCGGCGAAGGAUCGCGGUCACCCACACCAUCAGAGUCUGGAUGCGCUACGGAACUCAGCACGUUCAUGCGCUCUAUGUCAACUAAUCGUUUCGUCUGCUGAGAAUGUGGAACAACAGCUCAUAGAGUUGAAACCCAAAUGGGAAGCGAAGGAAAUGAUGGAGUAUGGAUGGCCUACGUAUAAAUUGUUCAUUGUCAAGAGGCGGGAAGGUGGCGAUGGCUGCUGGGUGAUGAGUUUUGUUGAUGGCGACGAGGAGUGGACGAAAAGACGAAAAGAGAGGGGCGACGAGGAAGCUUGGAUCAUUGCAGCACUGGGGCUUUGUGUUCGAGAUGGCAAUCCUUUGCAAGAGGUCAUCCAAGGUAGGCCAGUGGAAAAUGAUGCACGUUCACAAGUUGUGUUCGGGAGAUGCCGUAGAUGGCUGCAAGACUGCAGCAAUCAUCCUACCUGCAAUCCAGCUGAAACAUUGCUACCGUCUCGUGUGAUCGAUGUCGGCGAGUUUGGCAGCCCCAGAGUGCAUCUGUGGGAGCCUCCCGAAGACACGGUUGGACAGUACGUAUCAUUAAGCUAUUGCUGGGGCUCGCCUAUGUCAUUCACAACAACACGAGCGACGAUGGAGUCGCGAAAGGCCGGAAUCGAAAUAGCUGACAUGCCGCCAACUUAUCAAGAUGUCGUGCGACUGACGCGAGAGCUUGGUCUGCGCUAUGUUUGGGUUGACUCAUUGUGCAUUUUGCAGGAUGAACAUGCGGACUGGGAGAGAGAAUCGGCAAGGAUGCUUUCGAUAUAUUCUAACGCGUACCUAACGGUGGCCGCACACAGAGCAAAGGACAUAUCUGAAGGGUUCCUCCACUCCCGCCCGAAACGAAGUCACGUAGAGCUGGGUUACACCCGCAGCGGGAUACAUGGCAAAGUCCUUGCAUUCAACUUGCCCUUACGAGAAGAGCUCAUCAAGACGGACUACGUCAAUCUACCUAAUGAACCUCUAUCAGAGAGAGCCUGGGGCCUGCAAGAACGAGUACUUUCUCACCGGGUCAUGAUAUACGGCUCUGAUCAAAUAUUUUUCGAAUGCAACGAAGGUUUCCGUGGAGAAGACGGUCUCAACCUCGAUUUCCGGCACGCAUGUGCACACAAGAGCUUAGAUGGUACAGACUUGGAGGAGGUCAAGCCCUGGUACAAAGAUCUUAGCCCCAACAAGCGACCGAAGCGCGACACGUUGAGAGGGUGGUAUGAUCUGCUUUGGGAGUACGGGCCGAAGAAACUGACGCGUGCCUCCGAUAAGCUGCCAGCCAUCUCCGGAAUAGCCAGUCUAUAUGCAGAAAAGAUCGAGGAAGAGUAUCUUGCUGGGUUGUGGAGAGACCAGCUCAUUGAGGGCCUUACGUGGCAGAGCCUCAGGUGGCGACGUGCGUCCGAAUACCGAGCACCUUCGUGGUCGUGGGCAUCGGGCGAUGGAAUCCCAGGAUCUGGGCAGAUAGCUGACUACACCGAGUUGGCAGAGAUUCUGGACGCAAAGGUUGUUCUGAAAGAUACGAAUCCGUUCGGAGAGGUCGCAGAUGGAUGGAUCAAGCUUCGAGCUCCGUGCGAACAGUUGUACCUUAUCAUGGAUGACUGGGAUCCCGAAGUAAAGGGAUACAAAUACAACAAGAACGUCAAGGUACGCACGGGGAACGGAAAUCCCAAAGGAGGCUUUUCACGCUUUGACUUUGACUUCACGGCUGAGGAUGCUCCGCAAGAAGCGAAGAAGAUUGUAAAGAGCUUGGAAGGCGUUGAAAUUUAUGCUCUGUUCAUUCUGAAGAGCCACGGAUGGAAUUCGAAUGCCUCAGAAGAUGCCGGCUAUCAUGCACUGAUUGUGAAGCGAGUGGAAGGAACAGAGAAUUACCAGAGGCUUGGUUUCUUGUUGGCGGAUAAGGACAUGAUUGGGAAAGAGCCAGGAAAGGAGGACAUGGGAUCUUUCCGAACAAUCACGCUGGUGUAA